AUGGCCAUUUGUGGGGAUGCAAAGAUGCGGGGGGUUCUAUUCCGCUGCUGCUCUUCCGUUCCUGCUGCAACUGCUGUUAUGGCAGCAGUGGCAACGUUGGUGAUGCAUGCACAGGUGAAUGAGAGUGUGUAUUCUCUUGGACACCUCAUGACAGCAGUGGCUACUCGCUUCCUCUCCUCCUCACCUCCUCUCUACUGGUUCCUGGCCCAUCUCCUCACAUCAGCAAUUACCAUGCACUCUCAGACUGUGGCAACUCGCUUCCUCUCCUCCCCACCUCCUCUCUACUGGUUCCUGGCGCAUCUCCUCACAUCGGGACAUUCCAAGCAGUCUCAAUCCAAACCCCCAUCCCCCUCACCCCGCAAAUAUCUUCCUUUUGAGCUACAGGUAGCAACUCGCUUCCUCUCCUCCUCGCCUCCUCUCUACUGGCUCCUGGCCCAUCUCCUCACAUCGGGUGGCAACUCGCUUCCUCUCCUCCUCACCUCCUCUCUACUGGUUCCUGGCACAUCUCCUCACAUCGGCAAAUACCGAGCUCUCUAA